CACUUCUAUCAACACUGUUUCAGAAUUUUCAGAUAUUAAUUAUUACAUUAUAUUUCGUUAAAGUUCUGUAAACAUUAUCAUAAUUAUGUGUUAUAAUCAUAUUUAUUACUACUAAUUAUUUUCUAAUAUUACUAGAAUUGUAAUGCAUUCAAUUCUGGAAAGAUACUGUUUGUUACUGAUGCAUAAUUUUUUUAAUAAUUGGUAAUCAAGAACCAAGGUUUUAUCAAAUUAUGCCAUAAUUACACGCACUGUCUUUUUGAUGGUUAAGACUAUUUCUAGAAAUUUAAUGAAUAACAAAGCUGUCCCGAUGCCUUUGAGCUUUCGAACACGUAGGACAACAUGUAUGACAUGUUGUCAGAGUUCCGCGUCUCUGAAUUCGAUUCUUUCGUGGAUAUAUUAAGGUUGACUCCUGGGGACCCAUUAAACAGAUUUGGUGAAAUGUGGUAUCCAGUGUUUCUGUGGUCUUUGUGCUCUUCAGUGUUUGUACAUACUUGUGCUGCCCUCGUCUCUUUCGGGACUCUAAGAAAACAUAAAUAUGGUAAAUUCUUUCCUGUUCUUUUAAUUGUGAUGGGUGUGGUGAAUCCAGUGACUGCAGGCGUGGUUAGUAGUGCUGCCAUCGCAUUUAUAUAUCGAGCUGCCGACUUAACUAUGCCCCCAAUACAUGCAAUGAUAUGGGGUAUUGGACAGACUGUUUUAGGAGCUGGUAUAGGAUUCACAAGAAUUUUAGCUACUCUGUAAUAUUAACAAAUAUAACUCCUGUUUACUCUGUAUGUAGUUAAUUAUGUUGCAAUAUUUAUUACCAUACUAGUGUAAUUGUAGUUUAAAUGAAUUGAAGGUCAAUUAUCAUAGAAUUAUGGUUAUGGAAAUUUUACAGGAAGGUGCUGAAAAUUGAUGUAUAAUUUCCUCUUUAAUAUUGUAAAAUAUGUAAUUGUGUAAUCUUGUAUAUGCUAUAUUCUAUUUGUUAUAGUUAAUAUGGAAUGUAAACUUUGAUACAUUUUGUAAAUACUUUCACACUUCAUUUCACAUCAUUUCAUAAUUUAUUCAGUUAUCUUAAUUUUCUCGGCACUAUGUGAUAGGUAAAGAGAAUUCAGAUAUGUGAAUAACCACAUCACAAUAAAAGCCUUGAUAAAUCCAUUCCCAAAUAUUAUUCCUAUAGGAGAAUUUCCUUCUAGUUAUCAUUAUGCUGUGAGAUACAACAUGGCAUAGUUCAAUAAGUUAGUGUAACUGUGGCCUAGCUAUAUAGGAGCAAAGUAUCUAAAGAAAACAGUCCGGAAAUAUGUAAAUAUGUGUAUUAUAGAUAACUAUAACAUAUAAUAUAUAAUUAAAUGACUGAUAUGUAACAAUCAAUACUUUAAAUGCAUUCCAUAUAAAUACACUGUAUAACUGUUUUAUGAUAAUAAAUAAUACAAAUUUCUUUCUCCUUGUCUACUAAGGGACUGGGCGAUAGUUUUUUUAUUUCAGUAUAACAAUACUGAUGUAUUAAAAUGUAUAUGUAUUGUCUAUAUGGAACAAGAUCAUUGUUGUGAUACAGUUGACCUGACAAUACAUUUUUAUUUUUAAAUUUAAGAUUAUCAAGCUAAUUGUAUAUAGUUUCAACAAGCAAGUUCUAAAAAGUAGGUUCUAUAUUUCACAAUUUUUUUCUGUGUUUUUAAGCAAUAUCUUCAACUCUUUGAAGCAUGCUAUUUUUGUUUUCAUUGAUAUUUAAUGUAAAGACUGUCUCUUAUAUUUUAAAAUCAACUUCCCAUUUGUAGUUGAGCAGUGAAAUUGUGUAUUCAAAGUAAAAUAAAAUUAUCCCCACCGAAUUUGCUCACUGGUUUAUCAUAUUUAAAAUCUCAUAUAAAUGUAAACUAAUAUAAUAUUAGCUUUAUCUUUGAAGAAAGUAUUUUGUUAAGACAUACACAGCACAAACAUCUACUUAACUCAAUUUGUACUUAUCUAUCUGUAUGUUCAUAAUUUAUUGUAAUAACAAUUAACAUUACAUAUCAGUUUAGCAAGUAUAGAUUUAAAUAGACUUUACUUUUAAAGGUUUUUUUACAAAUAUGUCAAUAUAUUUAUAAUUUUUGCUUAUAAAUUUAAGUCUAUAAUUAUGUACAACCUUUAUUCAACAGAGCGUAAUGUGGUUGAAACACCACUCAAAUAUUAAACAACACUAGUAUGAUUUUGUUGUAAAAUACAAUGUAAUUUAAUACAAACUUUGUAAAGGAGGUGGCAUUAUCAUAUUUAUCCAAAAAUAAUAAAUGCAUUUUGUAUGCUUUGUUUUGUUUUUAUGCUAAUGUAAAUUGUAGUGUAGUCUUAAAUAUUGUUUAGCUUACUUGCCAGUAUUGUGACUUACUCAUUAGGAACCAAACUAUACCCACAACUUAAAAAGCGAGUAGCACAAAAAAAAUAUAAGUAUUAUUUAUAAUUCUUGCUAACUAGUGUGUAUUGGGAGGGAA